CUGGGCUACACUGAAGCAAACUGAAAGGCGUGGAUAGCAAGAAACGGGUUCGUUUUGGUGCCGCUUUUCUUUUCUUUUUUUUUUUUUUUACAGUGGAUAAUUGCAAGACAGCACAUAUUAAAACGGCAGUCACGACCUUUUAUUUCCAAAAAGGACGGACGGCUCAGUCUUCUUAUAUAUUUAAGGACAGCUAAGUCAGCUAACGCUCGAGCUAGCCUGCUCAAGAAUGAGCCAGACGACAUGAAAACAGAGAUCAUUUGUAUAUAUCUGCAUGCCUUCUUAGACUGACAACAUGGAACCUGAAAAUACACCUGACCUGCAUGAAGACAAUCGCAGCUUAAGUGGCCAGUCCCAGCGGAGUACAAAGAAAAGUUCUCGAGCAUCAUCCUCGCAGCACAAAAAAGACCCUCGAGACAGGAUUUCCGCUGAGGAUGAAAAAGAGGGCCGUGUCAAGAGUAAAUCAAAAGCAAGAACAUGGCAUUCAGAUCCAGACAGGGACCAGAUAUCAGACAGAGAGGGAAGGAGAAGUGAUGAUUCAUUUUACUCUGAAGACUAUGAGCAGGAGACACCUUCAGAGCGCUCACUAUCUCCUUUCUCACGAUCGCUGUCUCAAUCCCCCACCCCACAAAAGGGGGUGCGUGCAAAGCGGAUCCCUAAAAGCCCCCUUCAUAAAUUAGCUGGUGUGGGGCGUUUGGGUGUGUCUCGCCUGCAGCGACCUGGUGGCCUUUCAUUGAUCCAGCAGCAUCGCAGGGGAGUGCGGUCACAAAGCAAGGAGUCCACGCCACCUAAAGACCUGGAUCUUGUAACCAAACGGAUGCUUUCAGCUCGUCUCCUGAAGAUCAAUGAAUUGCGCAACGCUCUUGCAGAAGUGCAACAGCGCACUGAUGAACUCCACAAGGAAAAUCGAAUUCUCAGACAACUUCAAGUGCGUCAAGAAAAAGCCCUGCAGCGUUACGACGACACGGAAAGUGAGAUUUCCCAGCUGUUGUCGCGGCACUCCAAUGAGAUCCAUGUGCUGCGAGAGAGACUCAGACGCACACAAGAACGGGAGCGGGCAGCUGAACGGCGGUUAAAGGAUCGUGAGGAGCAGCUGCAAAGAAACCAAGUGAUCAUUUCACGACUGAAGAAGCUGGUCGACCACCGAGAGUUAGGAGCCAGAGAUGAGCUAAAUCGCAGGCUAGAGGAAGAGAAAACACGGGCCCAUGAGGCAGAACAUAAAAUUAAGGACCUGGAGCGUAGCUUGGAGCUGAGCAACAGCAGUUAUCAGAGGCAACUGGCGGCAGAGAAAAAGAAAACCAUUAGUGCCCAGGAGGAGAUCAGAACUCUGCAGGAGGAUCUGGAACGACUGACAAAUAAACUCAAGGAAAAAGAACGAGAACUAGAUGCUAGGAAUAUUUAUGCCAACCGCAUGGUGAAAUCAUCAUUAAGAAAAGAUGCUGAAAGUGGCACAAAGCGGAAAGUCCCCAGCAGAAGCAGUACCAAGGCAGUACAAACUGAAUACAGGGCAUCAAGUCUGGAUUUCCCCACGCCGCCCCCUGCCAUCAGUGAUACCAGUGAAUACAGCGAACAAGUACCUGAUGAAUACUUCUCUCUCAAGGAGCUGGACAGAGUGGACAGGCAGGCAGAGCCAGAGGACGUGCCUCAAAAUUUAGAAGAGCAGAAGAAAGCAGAGAAAGGGGAGAAGGAGAUGGUGAAGGAGAAAAAGCAGCAGCAGGAGCAGAAACAUCAAAUGGACCAUGAAGCAAAUAUGUUUGAAAAGGAAAACAGAUUAAGAAGCUUGAGGAAAGAAAAGGACGAAGAGGAAGACCGAAAGAAGACAGAUGCCUUGUUCAGCCAGAGGGAAGAAGAGAACUACUGGAAGCGUGGUCAUGUCCAGGAGGAAGUUGCAAGAUGGAACCAGGAAUCUUUGUCCAAUCAGCAAGCAGCAGAGGAAGCACAUCACAAGAAAGAGCAGCUGCUGGCUAAGAUGCGAGAAAUAGACCGCCAAAACCUGGAAGCUCUGGAGCCAAGCCCAUCUGAGUCCAACAAGACUGCCAGUGAUCAUUUUUCUCCACAUCCUCCUGAGCAGAGGAACCACAAUUCUUCCAUUUUCAACCUCACAGAGUCAGAGGAGACAGGUGCUUUGCGUGCUGGAAUUAGAGAAGGUGGAAGGAGAAGAUCAGGCAUAGAGAGUGUAGCUCUUACAGCAGGAAUGGGAAGAAGAGUUUUGCGGUCUCAAACCUCCACUGAGGAUUUGGCGUUUGGAGAUUAUGCACCUUCGUUUGGACAUCCAACUUCCCGAGCUCUCUCUGGAUUCCCUUCGCCUCCACCCAAAGAGGACAGAGACUCUGCAUUAGAAGCCAUUGGAGUUUUUAACCUCAGAGGUGUGGAAACCAAGAAGGACAAGAAUACAGAAAAGAGUUUGGGGAAGGGCAAGAAGUCGAGCCUUAUGCAGCAGCUAUUUGGUGCUCAGGCUCUUGACAGUUUAAGUCAUUCUAACAAAGUGGAGCUAUUUGAUAGCCCUCCUGCCGCGAAUGGCGUACGUUCAAGGCGAGAAGGACUGCUUAGCUUUAACUCAGGGUCUUCCACUCCUCCGAUGCCCUCCGUUAACACACUGCAUGUUGCGGAUAGCAGACCUGCCAUUCGUGCCAUCACCUCAUACGAUGAUGACAUAGAGGAACUCACUUUAUAAGAUGAAUCUAGUUGUCAUGGCAGGUUGUCACUUUAGUUGAUGUGGAAUUAUCAAAUUAAACUUUAGCACUUUGUCAACUUAUGCAACAUUUGUUAUUUGGUUUGUUCGUUUGUGAAUCUACAUUUUUCCCAAUUGUCAUUAUUUAUACAAACUUAAUGUUAUUAUCUUUUUCAUGUUUUUUUUUUAAAAAGCUCAAGCCAUUAUAAUAUACCUUUAGUUCGACAAUCGAUGUGAAUACAGUGCUUGUCAAGUUUAUUUAAUGAAAUGGGUUCUGUUCUGGAGUUUCAGCUUACUCUAAUACAGUAAAUAUCAGCACACCAUGGCUUCAUGUAUGGCCCAUUUCUCCUGCACUGUUUCUGGUGGUAGCACUACGAUCGUAAUGACAAUCAACAUUAAAAUGUUCUACUUUUAUGAUUAUCUAUUUGAGUACUUCUAAACCUAUAUUGCAUUACUAUAAAAGAAAAAAAUGCAUUCAUGCAGCUCUGAAUCACUAAACUGUAAAACUAAACAUACCUACACUUACAGAUAUAUCUACAUUUUGGCUCAUUUUUGAGAAGCUAUUUAUUAUAGAAUUUAUCAUGCUAAUUUAACAUGAAAUGCAAAACUUGACAUUGAACAGCUUGUAUUUUUAUUUGGGCUUUUCACGUUUUGUACUUAUUGUCAAACUGUAAUGUCAGGAAAGAAAAUUUGUGUGUUUUAUUGAGUGACAAUAAAUAUUUGUACGACA